AUGCUGAGAUGGUCUUUUUUGGACUCGUUCCUGCUGGUGGUAAUUAUUACACACCUUAUGAUUUCACCCUUUACUAAAGUUGAAGAAAGCUUUACAAUUCAAGCUAUUCACGAUAUUUUGAAGUACGGUGUCACUGAUAUCUCGCAAUAUGAUCACUUAAAAUUUCCUGGGGUUGUGCCAAGGACGUUUGUUGGCUCUCUUGUUAUUGCUGCUAUGACUAAACCAUUUAUUUACGUUUCCAGUUUUUUAUCUCAACAGAGUGUUCCAACUUCUGGAUUUGAAGCACAACUAUUAGCAAGGUGCAUGAUUGGAUUAACAAAUGGACUAAGUCUGGUGUUUUUGAAAAACAAAGCUCAAAAACUAAUUGAUUCUGUUCAGAAAAAGAAGAAUAAGUCUAAGGAAAGUCCAAAUAAUGAUGACGAAGAGCCCCCCAGUACCAUUGGUGGUUGGUUUUCAGUAUUUUGCUUAUCCCAGUUCCAUUUGAUGUACUAUAGUUCUCGCUCUCUUCCAAAUUUUGUGGGUGCUCUACCUUUGUCAAAUAUAGUGGUAGCUUACGUUUUGGGCGGUGAUGCCGGAAGAGCAAUUGGUUUAUGUGCUUUUACAACAGUGGUGUUCAGGCUCGAAUUGGGUGCUAUGUGUGCAGGCUUGUCAUUAUUCAGUAUUAUAUACAAGCAAGCGUCGGUUACUAGGGUGAUCAAGUACGGUCUUAUAGGUGCGAUUUUUGGCUCAGCUUUGACAGUAUUUGCAGACUCAUACUUUUGGCAGCGGUGGACUUUUCCUGAGAUGGACGCAUUUGUUUUUAACAUCGUUAACGGACAGUCAAGUAAAUGGGGAACAAAACCGUUUGUUGCAUAUUUCACUGGGUUCUUGCCAAUGAUGUUUAUGCCACCUACAGUACUUUUGCUGAAUUAUCUUGGAUUCAAAAUUGCUCCAAAACCUCUUAAAGUCAUCGCCUUAGCUUCCUUUUUCCAUGUCUUCGUAUUGUCAUUUCAGCCACACAAGGAAUGGAGGUUCAUAAUAUACGCCAUUCCUCCAAUAACUCUCUUGGGUAGUCAUAGCGCCUCCUACCUAUUCGAGAAUAUGGAUCCAGGCUUGGGUCGGGCAACUAUCACACGUAUUCUUUUACUACUUUCUCCAGUUGUUUCUCUUUCCAUUUCAGCCGCGUUCUUAUACAUUUCUUCGAUGAACUAUCCUGGAGGUCAAGCCUUAAUGAGUUUCAAUGAUUAUAUUCUGCUCCAUGAUAUCAAAAAUGUCACUGUACACAUUGACGUACCUGCUUGCAUGACAGGCGUCACUCUUUUUGGCGAGUUGAAUGAUCAAUAUGGAAUAACCUAUGAUAAAACCGAGGAUGUUCAAGAAUUGACAAGCAUGUGGCCAUCUUUUGAUUACCUGAUUUUGUCCCAAGGUGAUUCAUCGGCUCUUCCAACCUCAAACAACAAUACAAAAUGGGAACUCAUCCACACCACAAAAGCGUUUGCCGGAUUUAACACAUCUUAUUUGGCAUACACCUUCGAAAAUCAAUACAGUAAUGGCUUUUCAAUUGUACACCAUCUUUUGGAGGAACAAAGCUUUUCUCCACUAGUCGAUUUGGUAAAAAAUACCAUCAUCCAAAGCGAUCUUUUGUUCACUUACAAGAAAGUUGAUGACCUAAGGUAG